AUGGCGCCCCGGGGGCCCCCGCGCCCCGCGAAGGACCCCGGCCCCGCCGCCGGAGCCCCGAGCACCGAAGCGCCGCCGCCGCCGCGCUCGCGGCCGCUCCCGCUGCUGCUGCUGCUGCUGCUGCUGCUGCUGGUCGCCCGCGGGGCGGCGGGGCGCUUCCCCGAGCCCGGGCGCCUGGGUCCCCGCGCCCGGCUGACCCGGUCGCAGCCGAGCCCCCCGGCCGGGCGAGCGCUGCCCGCCGGCGGCGAGGACGCGCAGGAGCGCGACGUGGAGCCCGGCCACCCGGGUCCCGCGCCGGGUCCCGGCGAGGACGGAGCCCCCGCCGCGGGCCAGGGGCGCUGGGCGCGGGCGGCGCCGGUGCCUGGAGCGGCUUCGCCGGCUCGGGUCUCACUCACCAGCUCGUCGUUCGUGCUCAAGGGAGACGCGACGCACAACCAGGCGAUGGUGCACUGGACGGGCGAGAACAGCAGCGUGAUCCUGAUCCUCACGAAGUACUACCACGCGGACACCGAGAAGGUGCUGGAAAGUUCUCUGUGGCGGUCGUCGGACUUUGGGACGACCUACACCAAGCUUGCCCUGCAGCCUGGCUUCACCACCGUCAUCGACAGCUUCUACAUCUCUCCGGCCAACAAGAAGAAGAUCAUCUUCAUGAGCUCCUCACUCAACGGCGGGGAGCAGACCAUGUUCCUCAGCGUGGACGAGGCCACCACCUUCCAGAAGCAGUUCAUCCCCUUCAUCCUGGAGGCGCUGAUCUUCCACCCCAAGGACGAGGACAAGCUCCUGGCCUACGCCAAGGACGGCAAGCUCUAUGUGUCGUGCGACCUGGGGAAGAAGUGGAUCCUUCUCCACGAGCAAGUGACCAAAGACCACGUGUUCUGGGCCGAGUCUGGAGUGGACGCCGACCCCGACAUGGUCCACAUCGAGGCCCACGACCCUGUGGGAGGUUUCCGGUACAUCACCUGCCGCAUCUUCAAUUGCUCCGGCAAGAGGCUGAGCUCCCCGUCCGCGCACCCCAUCGACCAGAGGUCUCUGAUCGUGCAGGGUGAUUACGUGUUCUUCAAGGCGACCUCUGCCAACCACACCAAAUACUAUGUAUCUUAUCGUCGCAACGAUUCCGUCCUGAUGAGGCUGCCGAAGUACGCAUUGCCCAAGGACCUGCAGAUCAUCAGCACAGACGAGAACCAGGUGUUCGUGGCCGUGCAGGAGUGGUACCAGACAGACACCUACCACCUGUACCAGUCGGACCCGCAGGGCGUGACCUACUCUCUGGUGCUGGAAGACGUGCGCAGCUCCCGGCAGGCGGAGGACGGCGUAGUCAUCGACAUCCUGGAGGUGCAAGGGGUGAAAGGGGUCUUCCUGGCGAACCAAAAAGUCAACGGCAAGGUGGUGACGCUCAUAACCUACAACAAGGGCCGUGACUGGAACCACCUGAGGCCGCCCAGCGUGGACAUGAACGGGAAGCCAACCAACUGUGAGCCGCCGGCCUGCCACCUGCACCUGCACCUGCUCUGGGCCGACAACCCCUACGUGUCGGGCACUGUGCACACCAAGGACACCGCCCCCGGCCUCAUCAUGGGCGCAGGCAACCUGGGCUCCCAGCUGGUCGAGUACAAGGAAGAAAUGUACAUCACGUCCGACUGCGGGAACACCUGGCGGCAGGUGUUCGAGGAGGAGCACCACAUCCUCUACCUGGACCACGGCGGUGUGAUUGUGGCCAUCAAGGACAGCUCCAUCCCCCUGAAGAUCCUCAAGUUCAGCACGGACGAGGGCCUCACGUGGAGCACCUACAACUUCACAGACACGAGCGUGUUUGUGGACGGGCUGCUGAGUGAGCCAGGAGAGGAGACGCUAGUCAUCACCAUCUUCGGCCACAUCAGCUACCGCUCGGACUGGGAGCUGGUGAAGGUGGACUUCCGGCCCUCCUUCCCCAGGACCUGCAGCGAGGAGGACUACAGCUCCUGGGACCUCGUCAACCUGCAGGGUGACGGCUGCCUCAUGGGCCGGCGCAGGAGCUUCCGGAAGAGGAAGGCGGCGUCCUGGUGCGUCAACGGCAGGAACUUCACGUCGGCUCUCACGUCUCAGGUGUGCCCGUGCCAGGACUCCGACUUCCUCUGUGACUAUGGAUUUGAGCGCUCCCCCUCCGAGGACAAGUGCUUUGCCAACUUCUGGUUUAACCCCUUGUCCCCGCCAGACAACUGCGUCCUGGGCCAGACCUACACCAGCAGUCUCGGGUACCGGAAGGCGGUGUCCAAUGUGUGCGAGGGCGGCGUGGACCUGGCGCGGAGCCCGGCGCCGCUGCAGUGCCCGCUGAGCCCGCCGCGGGGCCUGCACAUCGACCUGCUGGGCGAGGCCGCCGUGGCCGUGCGGCCCGGGCAGGACAUCCUGCUGGAGGUGCGGCAGGAGCAGGGCGAUGUCCUGACCACCAAGUACCAGGUGGACCUCGGGGACGGCUUCAAGGCCAUGUACAUGAACCUCACGUUGACAGGGAAGGUCAUCCGGCACUGCUACGAGAACCCCGGGAUCUACCGCGUGUCCGUCAGAGCGGAGAACGUGGUCGGGCACGACGAGGCGGUGCUCUUCGUGCAGGUCAACUCCCCCCUACAGGCCCUCUACCUUGAGGUGGCUCCUGUCAUUGGCAUCAACCAGGAGGUGAACCUCACAGCUGUGCUGCUGCCCCUGAACCCCAACCUCACUGUGUUCUACUGGUGGAUUGGCCACAGCCUGCAGCCCUUGCUGUCCCUGAACAACUCUGUGACAAUGCGGUUUGCGGACACUGGGGAUGUGCGUGUGACGGUGCAGGCCGCCUGCGGGAAGUCGGUGCUGCAGGACUCCAAGGUCAUCCGUGUGCUGGAUGGAUUCCAGGCUGUGCCCCUCCAGUUCUCCAAGAACCUGGACACCUACAACCCCAACACCCCCGAAUGGAGAGAGGACGUCGGCCUGGUGGUCACCUGGCUCCUCGCAAAGGAGACUGGCAUCCCCGAGGAGCUGCUGGUGACGGUGGUAAAGCCGGGGCUGCCCACCUUGGCCGAUCUGUAUGUUCUCCUGCCCCCGCCCAGGCCCACAAGGAAGAGGAGCAUCACAGGUGACAAGAGACUCGCGGCCAUCCAGCAAGUGCUGAGUGCCCAGAAGAUCAGCUUCCUCCUGCGGGCCGGCGUCCGGGUCCUGGUGGCCAUCAGGGACGUGGACACAGGUUCCCAGCGGCUGGGUGGCAGCAGCGGCUACUGGGUGGUGGCCGUCCUCUCGGCCAUCGGACUGCUCUCCGUGGGGGCUUUCGUCCUCUACAAGUUCAAAAGGAAGCGCCCGGACAGGACCGUGUACGCUCAGAUGCAUGACGCGAAGGAGCAGGAAAUGACCAGCCCCGUGGGCCAGGGCGUCGAGAGCGCCCUCCAGGGCCAUGAGUUCACAGACGACGACCUAGGGAACCACUCGGGCGUGGUCCUCAGCAUCGACUGCCAGGAAAUGCACAGCUACCUGGUGAGCUGAUGGCCGCGGGCCACGCCCGUCUCCUGUCCACGCUCCGUGGCCCCACCCCGAGGGCACAGAGCCACAGACGCAGCCCGCGCUGCGCUGGGACUGGCCUCCCCUCAGAGACCCCGGAAAAACCACCUCCUGCAGCUGACCCAGCAAGGCGACAGACGUCCCCGCUGUUCCCAGGAUGCACAGGGGCC